AUGGCAGAAGACGACACUUUGACAGUCAAACAGACUGGCCACAGCUGGGAGUUUUUCGUGGCCGUCCUCGUCGCAGCCAUCUUAGUCACUGUUAUUAUUGCCAUUAUGGCUAAAUAUCAGGUGUUUCGGCGCUUCCUGGCGAGCUACAGACACACACGGCUGAGGGAGAGUGAUUCUAUUAGCCACUGUGACCCAUCAGGCCUGGAAGUGGGGUUUACCAUGCACGGAGGACGUGGAAUGCACCCUCACUGUAUGCCUCCAGUGAGCGAGGAGGAUGACGACGGCUUCAUUGAGGACAACUAUAUCCCGACAAGUGAGAGACAGAGGGCCGAGAGAGCGGCCGAGAACAUAGAAGAGGACACGGAGGAAGAGAUUUAUGACAGCGAAUUUAGCAUUGGUUAG